UGAAGAUUCGAAUAAGUAAUCUUUGCUCGUAUCGUCGUCCGGUUCCGCGUGUUUUACGUGAUUCGUCUACAUUGAAGAUCAUCCGAGCUUUGGAAGACAUUUGCUGUUUGCCGAGGGACGCGUUCAUGGAACAAUAAGAUCGCACUCUACUCAAAGAAACACUACUUGCGAAAGACGGUGCGAGUGGAACGUGAACAUACAGGCAAGGCUACUGGCGGAGCACACGUCCAGCCAGAGGAAGAGGAGAAAUUAAAGUCGGCAGAAAAGCCAGACUUUGCGUUAGCCCGCCUAAGGAGUCCCUUGGUCUUCCAGGACUGGAAGUAUGGCAAUGGUCAACAUGAAUAACCUACUGAACGGCAAGGAUCCCCGGUGGCUGCAACUGGAGGUUUGCAGGGAGUUCCAGCGCAACAAGUGUACCAGGCCGGACACGGAGUGCAAGUUCGCUCAUCCGCCAGCUAACGUCGAGGUGCAGAAUGGACGGGUCACUGCUUGCUACGACAGUAUCAAGUUAUUAAUAGCGACAAUUACUCAACGCGUCAUCGGGACGGAUUGA